UCUAGAGAGACUUAGAGAGAGAAGGCAAGGGAGAGAGAGAGUGGGAUUACAAUGUCUGGGUGGGACGAGGGAGCGAUCUACUACAGCGACCAGGCGCAGUCGCUCGGUGACGGCUCAGGCCACGGUGGUCUUGGGGAAAACUCCUCCUCGUCGGCCCCCGCCACCAACCAUUCCGUUCUCCAGAAGUUCAAGGAGUUCAUCCGAAGCUUCGAGAUUGAGAAGAAUGUCUUUUCCUACAGCGAAAGCCUACUCCAUAACCCUAAGUUCCUGCUCGUCGAUCUUGAAGAUGUCCACGCCUUCGAUUCGGAUCUCCCCGCCAAGCUCCGCUCUUCUCCGGCCGAUUUCUUGCCUCUGUUCGAGAAUGCCGCGGGGCAGGUUUUGGCGAAUUUGAAGACGAAAGUGGCAGGCAACGAAGGGCAAUUGGAGGAACCGGUGCCUAAGGACGUCCAGAUUUUGCUAACUUCCAAGGAGGAUCCGGUUUCGAUGCGAUCGCUCGGGGCUCAGUAUAUAUCGAAACUGGUGAAAAUAGCUGGGAUCACUAUAGCUGCUUCGAGAGUUAAGGCCAAGGCCACAUAUGUGACUGUGAUGUGCAAGAACUGUAAAAAUGUGCAGAGAGUUGCGUGUAGGCCAGGCCUUGGUGGGGCCAUUGUCCCUCGCACGUGUGGCCAUGUUCCUCAGGCGGGGGAAGAUCCAUGCCCGCUUGAUCCGUGGGUCGUGGUUCCUGAUAGGAGCAAGUAUGUUGAUCAGCAAACCUUGAAAUUGCAGGAAAAUCCAGAGGAUGUGCCUACUGGUGAGCUUCCAAGGAACAUGCUUCUAUCAGUGGACCGACAUCUUGUCCAAACUAUUGUGCCUGGAACAAGAUUAACCAUCAUGGGAAUAUACAGUAUUUACCAAGCUUCCAAUUCUUCCACAUCUCACAAAGGAGCAGUUGCUGUUCGACAGCCAUAUAUCAGAGUUGUAGGAAUUGAAGAAGCUAACGAGGCCAAUUCCCGAGGUCCAGCUGCUUUUACGCCAGAAGAGAUAGAAGAGUUCAAGAAGUUUGCAGCAGACCCUGAUGCGUACAAGAACAUAUGCUCCAAAAUUGCGCCCUCUAUAUUUGGUCAUGAUGAUGUGAAGAAGGCUGUGGCUUGCCUCCUGUUCAGCGGAUCAAGAAAGAACUUGCCAGAUGGUGUGAAGCUAAGGGGGGAUAUCAACGUAUUGCUUUUGGGGGACCCAUCUACUGCUAAAUCACAGUUUCUCAAGUUUGUUGAGAAAACAGCUCCUGUGGCUGUUUAUACUUCAGGAAAAGGUUCAUCAGCUGCCGGUCUUACAGCUUCUGUAGUCAGAGAUAGUAGUUCUCGUGAGUUUUAUCUUGAAGGAGGAGCCAUGGUUUUGGCUGAUGGCGGUGUUGUUUGUAUUGAUGAGUUCGACAAAAUGAGACCAGAAGAUAGGGUUGCAAUCCACGAGGCCAUGGAGCAGCAAACCAUAUCCAUAGCUAAAGCUGGAAUAACCACUGUUCUUAAUUCUAGAACGUCUGUGCUCGCAGCUGCCAACCCUCCUUCAGGACGUUAUGACGAUCUCAAGACUGCCCAGGAUAACAUCGAUUUGCAGACUACAAUUCUUUCUAGAUUUGAUUUGAUCUUCAUUGUCAAAGAUAUUAGGAUGUACAGUCAAGAUAAGAUUAUUGCACGCCAUAUCAUAAAAGUUCAUGCUUCUGCGGAUGCUACCCUUGGUGACAGUAGAACUUCGAAAGAAGAGAAUUGGCUGAAGAGGUAUAUACAAUAUUGUCGAACAGAAUGUCAUCCCCGUUUAUCGGACUCUGCAUCUACCUUGCUACAAAAUAAUUACGUCAAAAUCAGACAGGACAUGAGACGACAGGCAAAUGAAACCGGAGAAGCUGCAGCAAUACCCAUAACUGUAAGGCAGCUGGAAGCAAUUGUACGACUGAGCGAAGCGCUUGCAAAAAUGAAACUGUCCCAUGUUGCUACUGAGGAAAAUGUGCAGGAAGCUUUAAGACUUUUUACAGUUUCAACGAUGGACGCCGCAAGGUCUGGAAUAAAUCAACAAGUUAAUCUUACUCCUGAGAUGGCAAACGAAAUAAAGCAAGCCGAAACUCAGAUAAAGAGAAGAAUAGGCAUUGGGAACCACAUAUCAGAGAGGAAGCUGAUUGAUGAGCUCACUAGAAUGGGGAUGAAUGAAUCUACUGUGAGAAGAGCUCUUAUAAUCAUGCAUCAGAGAGAUGAAGUUGAAUACAAGCGAGAAAGGAGGCUUAUUUUGCGCAAAGCGUAAUUCAUUGCAACGUUUUGUUGAACCCUUUCUAUCAACUAUACUCUAAACAUUUAUCAUAGUAAUUUUAGUUUCUGUAUGCUGAAUGAAACCAAGUUCUACCGUUCUAGGUAAAGAUUAUGGUAGCGUAUUAUGACUUCAAAUUGCAUUGAAUCCAUAACCAUUUUAGUCAUUAGAAAGAGUGUAAAAUGGUUCCGAAGUGUUUUCUGAUACACAUGAUGGUAAAAGAAGUGAUACUUCCCU